AUGGCAUGGCUGGACCUCACGCAAGACGCCACGGGCUGGUCCCUGGUCGAUACGGGGCGGAUGAACGAGAUCGUGCGGGACAUGGGUCAUCCGGCCACGCAGUAUCCUUCCCUGAUCUCCUUUGUGGGGAACCAUAAUCGCAUGCUGGCUUUACGCUCGCUUUUCCCCCAUAAUAAUAUUCUCCGCAGAAGCUCAGCGGGGGUAAUCCGACUGCACCUCAGCAUCACGACCGCCCACAACGAAUACCCGAUUUGGUUCGCAGAGAGCAGACUUCAGGAUUUGCCGGUUGUCGGUGAAUCCUCCAAGGCCCUGUGGAAAGAUGACAUUCAUCGAUAUUCCAUUGACGGCACUCGAUUUCCUACCACCGACUUGAAGGGCUCGCUCCUGACGAGACUCGUGUUCCCGUGGAUGCAUGUCGUCUGUUUCUUCGUGGACGGGCUGGUGGAAUUGGAGAGAACUAAGAGCCUGCUGGAAGCAUCACGAAGUCGUAUACAGGCCGGGGCCUCCUCCGCCUCAGUUCGUAUGCGGGUGAUUUUGGUUCUCACAAGACCAACCGCCGUCUAUGAAACAGACCCGGUGGAACUGCUCCGGGCCGUUCGAGGCAUCACAGACCCGGAUCAAGAAUCAUUGUCGGUGGUCGACCUUCGAGGCCGCCAUCAGCUUUCAGGUCCGGCAUUAUUCGCUCCGUUGCAACGUCAGGUUCUUGAUGAGCUCCAGCUCAGCCGGACUGAGCGACUUCAGCAGGGGCUGCUCUUCUCGGCAGUCCACCAGGCCUUCCUUUGGCACCGUUCACUUCCAGGGUUACUCCACUCCGCUGCUCACCGAGUGGAUUGUCUCCUUCUCUCUCGAGAGAGGCUGCCCGUCAGUGGAACAUUUAGCGAAGCUUUGACGGAACUCUUCGUGCAGUCGCGCAAGCUGAAAUGUCCGUUUCAAGAACUCUAUUCAUUCAUGGCGUCCGCUCUCGUGAUGGACGCCUACCCUCCUGGGAUGCAACGGUUCCGACCGGAAAAUGUCUUUGAUACGUUGUACCAAGAUAUCUGCGGUAGCGCUUGGAGAACCGUUGGAGAGUCCGAUGGCAGCGGACACUGUGACGCCAUCCGUAGUUAUUUCGCUGAACAGUUCAGCCGUAUCAGCCUGGUGCACACCUCACGCGCUAUCCGACAGGACGAAUUGAUUCGCUUCGGUCGGCGGUGGUCUGCUUUGACCUUACCCACGGCGUGUGUCUUCUGUCUUGGCCGAUGGGCCGAGCAUCAGACCCCUUGUCGACAUGGUAUAUGUGAUACCUGCGUGACGAUGUUUGGCCAGCGGACCCGGGGCGUGGAAUACCACCGAGACCUUGCCCAGUGUCCCCUGUGUCAGAGCUCUCUCCAGCUGUCUGUCCGGCAACUACCGCCGACCAAGCGCCCAGUCGUGCUGGCUCUCGAUGGAGGCGGGAUUCGGGGAAUGGUCACCUUAGGCCUUUUGCGAGCGCUGGAGCAACGGCUUGCCGGCGCCAUCACGCUGCCGGAGAUCCCGGAUCUGACCGCGGGCACCAGUGUCGGUUCCGUUAUCGGAACCGAUCAGGUCUACAACAACACCUCGGCCGCAGAAGCAUGUCGAAGAUUUCCCGACUUGGCGCAAUGCAUAUUCCAGCCCGGCUACUCCCUUUCCCGAGUAUGGCCUUGGUUGGGCUGCGCCCUGAAUCUCGUGCGAGAUGGUGCCUACGACUCAGGUGCGUUAGAGCGAACACUCCAACAGGUCUGUCAGCCGGGGCGCCGGGUGUUUGACGUGAUGCCGCCAAUGGCAGCAGGACGUCGUCUCGCCAUCGUCGCAAGCCGUACCUCUGAUGGAAAGCCAGUUGUCUUCCCUAAUUACCGUGGCGUGAGACACAGGGCUGUUGACACAGCGUACCAAAGGAUCGUCUCGCACGGCGCAAGCCAGAAUCCGUUGUUACCCGAAGCCCUGGAGUGCAGUGCUGCAGCUCCCUGGUUCUACCGAUCCAAGCGCCUGUCCGGAAUCGGCGUUCUGCAGGAUGGAGGCGUCCGUGCCAACAACCCGCACGGGAUUGCUCAGGAGGAAUGUCGAAUCAUCUGGCCAUCCGCGCAAACACACGACCUACUGUUAUCCGUGGGCACGGGAUAUGUCCCAUCACCCAGGAAGGAAACCGAUCCAGCCCAGCAUGGUUGCAGCUCCCUACAAGACAAGGCACCCUUCCGGUUGUGGCGCGCGUACAACUCCUCCCCCUGUAUGGACGGUGUAGAAGCUUUCAAGGAGGGACUGAAUCAUGUACCCCAUCCCCUCCGAACCCGUAUCUUCCGGCUGGACCACGCUCUGGCGGAUCUACCACGACUGGACGAUGUGAUGAGGGUUGCAGACCUCGCCAAGGAGCCGUACACGGUCCCAGACGAACUAGUACGAGCAGUGCUCGCCACAUGCUUCUUCUUUGAAUUAGACGAAGGCCCGAUGAGGGCACAAGGCCAAUACCUUUGCCGGGGCUCGGUCCUAUGUGCGCGCCGCGAGCCACGGCGGAUUCUAGAGCGCGUGUUGGUGGUAUUUCCGGGCGCAGAGCUGCAGACCGGCCGCGGGGAGCACUUGGGUCGGUCGGACGAUGAUGAUGGAUGUAUGGUCUGUGGAUACUACCGCAAAAGAGUACGGUUCCACGUGGCAAGUCUGGAUGAAGAAAUAUCGAUCAUGUUCAAAGGCUCAUCGGGUCAGCAGCCAAUCGGCGGGUUUCCAGCCACUGUUCGGCAGUUUCUCCACCAGCAGCAAGCCGAUGCUGUAUUUGGGCGGUCCGAUCACCAAAGCGACCAGUGGCCGCCGCAGAGGAUGUGUUAUUGUCCGCGAGGUGUUAAACGGGUUCGUUUCGUCGAGCCAUCCCCGUCCCGAAAGAAACGAAGGGUGUAG